UCUGUCUCUAUCCAGCCCUCGUAAGGGAAACGUGCUCGUGGUUCGCUGACGAAAUUUUCGCUUUGAAAAGCGGUGCAGUUUACAGCUGUUUUAAUUGAUAAUUUCUGCAAUUUGAAUAACUUAACAAGUGCAAACAAAAAUGCUGCGCGUUCCCAAGUUCUUACCGCGUAUUGCCCGCCAGGCCAGCUUUGCAGCGCCAUCGAAUAUGCCCGGUGCUUCUAGCAUAUUCCGCAGCCUGCCCGCUGCCUGCAAUGGAUUGUCAGGACUUCGCUACAAAUCCAGCGAAGUUAAAGGUGCUGUUAUCGGUAUUGAUUUGGGCACCACCAACUCCUGCUUGGCCGUCAUGGAGGGCAAGCAGGCCAAGGUGAUUGAGAAUGCGGAAGGUGCACGCACAACACCCUCUCAUGUGGCAUUCACCAAGGAUGGCGAACGUUUGGUUGGCAUGCCGGCUAAGCGUCAAGCUGUUACCAACUCGGCAAAUACCUUUUAUGCCACAAAGCGUUUGAUUGGUCGUCGUUUUGAUGAUCCCGAGGUGAAGAAGGAUAUUACAAACUUGUCGUACAAAGUCGUGAAGGCAUCCAAUGGAGAUGCCUGGGUGACCUCCACAGAUGGCAAAGUGUACUCUCCAUCGCAAAUUGGUGCCUUCAUCCUUAUCAAAAUGAAGGAGACCGCCGAGGCGUACCUCAACACUCCCGUCAAGAAUGCCGUGGUCACUGUGCCCGCCUACUUCAACGAUUCACAGCGUCAGGCCACCAAGGAUGCGGGUCAAAUUGCCGGCUUGAAUGUCUUGCGUGUGAUCAAUGAGCCAACGGCAGCUGCUUUGGCUUACGGCAUGGACAAGACUGAGGAUAAAAUCAUCGCUGUUUACGAUUUGGGCGGCGGCACUUUCGAUAUUUCCAUUUUGGAAAUCCAAAAGGGCGUCUUUGAGGUGAAGUCCACCAACGGUGACACUCUGCUGGGUGGUGAGGAUUUCGACAACGCCAUUGUCAACUUUUUGGUGGCCGAAUUUAAGAAAGAUAGCGGCAUUGAUAUUCGCAAGGAUAACAUUGCCAUGCAGCGUCUCAAGGAGGCGGCUGAGAAGGCCAAGUGCGAGCUGUCUUCCUCACAACAAACCGACAUCAAUCUGCCCUAUCUGACCAUGGAUGCCGCUGGACCACAGCACAUGAAUCUGAAAAUGACACGCUCCAAAUUGGAAAGCCUGGUUGGCGAUCUCAUCAAGCGCACCAUUCAACCCUGCCAGAAGGCAUUGUCCGAUGCCGAGGUGGCCAAGUCUGAGAUUGGCGAGGUUUUGCUGGUCGGUGGCAUGACGCGUAUGCCCAAGGUUCAGUCCACAGUACAGGAUCUGUUCGGACGCCAGCCAUCGCGCUCGGUUAAUCCCGACGAAGCUGUGGCUGUCGGUGCCGCCGUGCAAGGUGGUGUUCUGGCCGGAGAUGUCACUGAUGUGCUCCUACUUGAUGUUACACCCUUGUCCCUUGGCAUUGAGACUUUGGGCGGCGUGUUCACCCGUCUAAUUUCCCGCAAUACUACUAUCCCCACCAAGAAGUCGCAGGUCUUCUCAACGGCCAGUGAUGGCCAAACCCAGGUGGAAAUUAAGGUGCACCAGGGAGAGCGUGAAAUGGCUAAUGACAACAAAAUGCUGGGCUCCUUCACACUGGUUGGAAUUCCACCAGCACCCCGUGGUGUGCCCCAAAUCGAAGUGAUCUUCGACAUUGACGCCAACGGUAUUGUCCAUGUCUCGGCCAAGGACAAGGGCACCGGUAAGGAGCAACAGAUUGUCAUUCAGUCGAGCGGUGGCCUCAGCAAGGAUGAGAUCGAGAACAUGAUCAAGAAGGCCGAGGAAUACGCUAGUGCUGAUAAGAUAAAGCGUGAACUAAUUGAAAUUGUUAACCAGGGCGAGAGUAUUGUGCACGACACAGAGACCAAAAUGGAAGAGUUCAAGAGCCAGCUGCCCGCUGAAGAGUGUGAGAAGCUGAAAACCGAAAUUGCCGAUCUGCGCACUCUGCUGGCCAACAAGGAGACUGCCGAUCCAGAGGAGGUCAGAAAAGCCACAACUCAGCUGCAGCAAUCCUCAUUGAAGCUCUUUGAGAUGGCAUACAAGAAGAUGUCUGCCGAACGCGAGAGCGGAGGAGCUGGCGGUAGCUCCAGCAGCAGCAGCAGUUCAGGCGAACCUUCUGGUGAUGCCAAGAAGGAAGAGAAGAACUAAAUUAGGCAACCAUAGUCGUAGUUGUUGUUCCCUUAAUUCAUAAUAAUCACAUUUGGAUUUCGAUUAAGUUUUACGUUAAACAUAAAGCACAUCAUAUACUAUUCCUGAUUCUUCAAAAAUCAUUAAUAAUGUCCCCUCCCCCCCAAUCACACAUAAGCGAAAAGCAUUUACCCAAAUUGUGUAGUAAUAUGCGAGGACGAACACGACCUUCAAGAUGCUGAUACCAACGAUCAUAACACAGUUACGAAAGAUGCAUUAAGUUUUUAUUGUUUAUAAUGCAUCUUACGCCUGGAUCAAAGUCCUAUUUUUAAUCUUAUUGGUAACGUUAUGUUGUGCUUGCUGUAAGAUUUUCCCUAUUUUUACCUUACAUUUAUUUUAAACUAGUUUUAGUUAUAUAAUAACGAGCACAACAGCAAGACAACCACUAAAAAACAAAUAACAAUAGGUGGGUCAGCAAAUUGAAAGUCAAUAAUUUAAGCAAAAUUUUACUUUGGUUUCCAGUGGAAAACCAAUAAAUUGACUGGGUAAAACGCAACUAAAAGGUCGAUAUAAAUAAAUUGUAAACUUAUAA